GGCGAGGCCGGGGCGGAGCCAUUUUGGCUCUGGGCGGGUCGCGCCAGCAGCUGGUUUGGGUCACGGCAAGGGAAGCCGCGGCAAGGGCCGUUUCAGACUGGGCUUCGUCUGGCUGUCCAAGCCCUAAUGGAAGCUUCGGGGCAUGGCACUGCUGUCGCAUUGUGGCACGGGAGAGGACGUAGUCUGGUGAAGGUGGUCAUGUGCUAGCUGGCUGCUGAUUUCCUGAGCAUUGGCAGCGGCGCGUUGUGUACAGAAGGCGAUAUUUUAAGGGCUCCCAAGCGAACUAGAUGAACGAUAAGCACAGAACUGUGAGCAUAGCUAUAGCCAGGGAAAGGGACCUGACAGGGACUCUAAGAGUUCCCUCACGCGUGGAGGAGGAGAGCUGCUUUAUCGCUGAGAUCAUUCAGUCAAUUCACAGUAAUUUAAUCAGCCAAUAUUUUGAAUAAAAAGGACAAAAAAAUGAUGUCAAGACAGGCCUUUCUCUGUGGUUUGGGAUCUCUCUAUUUGUCCCUUCUGUUUGUAUUUCUUCUAAUGGAUGUUUAUGCAAGGCCUGCAAAUAAUUCAGCCCUCAAAGAAAAGCCAUCUGACAGUAAAGAUGAAAAUGAGAUCUUGCCCCCAGAUCACUUGAAUGGGGUCAAAAUGGAGAUGGACGGACACCUUAACAAAGAAUUUCAUCAAGAAGUUUUUCUAGGAAAAGAGAUGGAAGAGUUUGAGGAAGACUCAGAACCAAGGAAAAAUAGGAAGAAGCUCAUGGUCAUCUUUGCAAAGGUAGAUAUAAAUAAUGAUAAAAAGAUAGGUGCCAAGGAGAUGCAGCGUUGGAUCAUGGAAAAGACAGAUGAGCAUUUCCAGGAAGCUGUGGAAGAGAACAAAAUGCACUUCCGAGCUGUGGACCCUGAUGGUGAUGGCCAUGUAUCCUGGGAUGAAUAUAAAAUCAAGUUUUUGGCAAGUAAGGGCUUUAACGAAAAAGAGGUUGCAGAGAAGAUCAGAAACAACGAAGAGUUGAAAAUAGAUGAAGAAACACAGGAAGUUUUGGAUAACCUGAAGGAUCGGUGGUACCAAGCUGACAACCCACCUCCUGACCUCUUGUUGAAUGAAGAAGAAUUCUUAUCCUUUCUUCAUCCAGAGCAUAGUAGGGGAAUGCUGAAGUUCAUGGUGAAAGAAAUCAUCAGAGAUUUAGAUCAAGAUGGGGAUAAGAAACUUACCCUCUCAGAGUUCAUUUCAUUACCUGUCGGUACUGUAGAGAACCAGCAAGCUCAAGAUAUUGAUGAUGACUGGGUAAAAGACAGAAGGAAGGAGUUUGAGGAGGUCAUUGAUGCUAACCAUGAUGGUAUUGUCACGAUGGAAGAGUUGGAGGAAUAUAUGGAUCCUAUGAAUGAAUACAAUGCCCUAAAUGAAGCAAAGCAAAUGAUAGCAGUAGCAGAUGAAAAUCAGAAUCAUCACUUAGAGCUGGAGGAGAUCUUGAAAUACAGCGAAUACUUCACAGGCAGCAAACUUAUGGACUACGCACGGAACGUCCACGAGGAGUUCUGACCCUGCUCAGUCCUCAAGAGCUCUGAAGCACUUUCUAGCUUUCAAAAAAAAAAAUCCAACUCCCAAACAGACCAAGAGUUACUUUGCUGCUAUCUGUGUUAUAUGCCUACAGUGUUUUGUCCUAGACUUAAAGAAAGCUUCCGUCCGUCCGUGAGAUCUACAGCUCUGUUGCCGUUGGUAUGAGGGGAAAAGCGGCCCGUGAAUAAUGGGGCAGAUAAUGGACAGUUUGCCCUGGCUUGUACAGUAAAUCCAGAUGAAGUUUCAGCUGCUUUUGGUUAAUCAUAGUUGGAGGCUUCUUGGUAUUUAACUCCUCUUGUUGCCCUCAUAGCUGCUGAUCCAUUGGAAUCACAGAUAACACUGAAAGAUGCUCAUUUCUGUAAAGGGAAUGGUGGUUCAAAUAGGUGUGUUCUGACCUCAUGAGGAUAUCUGUAUGUAGACUGAUUGGCUCCUCUUCCACUGUUUUCUUGAGAUAUCUCAACCUGCUUGUGUUGAGAAUUUAAUGCUUUCUCCCUCUAAUUCCUGAGCUAUCUUUAGGAGCUGUGGGGCACAACUUAAACGUUACAGAGAAACUCUUCUGCUUUUACUGUAAAAAGAAAAGAGGUUAUGUGUGACAAGGUUUAUGUCUGAAACUGCACUGGAAGAGACUUGAGGUUGCUUACAGCUUCAACUUCGUUCUAAAAUGCACCAAUGGGGAAGGAUUCUUUGUGGACCUGAAGGUGUUGGACAGAGCAAUGGGAUUCACCUAGGUGUGUGAUUGCUACUUAACUAAGAUCCGUUGCUACAACUAGUAUAAUUACUCGCCUUUGUGCAAAUUAAGGAUGCUGAUGAUGCUGAUGAACUCAUGAAUGAUGGAGCUGGGGGAAAUACUGGCUUUGCUUUUGAACUGCUUUUGCCGAAGCAAUGUACAGUCAGCGUUUGGGGAGCUUUUUGAUCAGUCUGGUUUUGGGUAAUCUCGGAAAGCGACUUGUAACACCAGGGUCAUAUCCACUACUGUCUAAAAUAGAACAUUUAUUUUUACUCUGGUUCCAUCUUUACUGUAAAAACCCCCUUUCUGAAGGGUUGUCUGAAAAUCCAAGUGAGAUGUUAUAUUUGAUUAAAUUUAUUCUCUUAAUAUAAUGUAAA